CGCCAGCACUGCAGCAUUCCGCCUCUGCAGCCCCGGCCGCCGCCCGCUCGCUCGCACUCCGCAGCUCCGCCGUCAGCACCAUGGCCAGCACCGUGUCCGGUAGGCCGUGGGGAGGGGGGCGGGGGGCACACCUAUUGUCUCAGGUUUCCCCAGGUGGGAUCUGCCUCCCUCACUGCAAGGAGCCGUGGGGGACACCGCUGCGGGCCUACAAGGAGAAGAUGAAGGAGCUGUCAGUGCUGUCACUCAUCUGCUCCUGCUUCUACUCACAGCCACACCCCAACACCAUCUACCAGUAUGAGGACAUGGAAGUAAAGCAGCUGGACAAGAGGGCCUCUGGCCAGAGCUUCGAGGUUAUCCUCAAAUCUCCUUCUGACCUGUCCCCAGAGAGCCCUGUGCUCUCCUCCCCCCCAAAGAGGAAGGACACUUCCCUGGAAGAGCUGCAGAAGCGGCUGGAGGCCGCUGAGGAAAGGAGAAAGACGCAGGAGGCGCAGGUGCUGAAGCAGCUGGCUGAACGGCGCGAGCACGAGCGCGAGGUGCUGCACAAGGCGCUGGAGGACAACAACAACUUCAGCCGCCUGGCGGAGGAGAAGCUCAACUACAAGAUGGAGCUCAGCAAGGAGAUCCGCGAGGCGCACCUGGCGGCGCUGCGCGAGCGGCUGCGCGAAAAGGAGCUGCAUGCAGCAGAGGUGCGCAGGAACAAGGAGCAGCGGGAAGAGAUGUCCGGUUAGGGGGGCUGUUGACUCCACGUCCUAGACCCCAAGGAGAGACACGAACACAUCUGGGUUUUGUUUUGUUCAACUCUGUCUAGAUGCAACUUUUGUUCUCCGCUCCCUCCCUCUCCCCCUGCACUCCCAGCUUCACACUUCUUUUCAUGCUUUCCAGUCCUGUGGCCGGUGGCUGACCCCAGGCACGGGCCAUGGUCCCUCAGUUCAGGCAUAAUGGCUGGGUUCCCUCUUAGUGACUGUGGUGGCGACCUCAAUAAAUCUAGUGGUGGUGGCAGGAA